AUGACCAAGAAAAGAAAGAACAAUGGUCAUGCCAAAAAAGGCCGCGGCCACGUGCAGCUUUCUGGCUGCACCAACUGCAUCCAUUGCGUGCCCAAGGACAAUGCCAUUAAGAAGUUCGUUACCUGGAACAUAGUAGAGGACGCCGCAGUCAGAGACAUUUACCAAGCGAGUGUUUUCGACGCCUAUGUGCUUCCUAAGCUAUAUGUGAAACUACAUUACUGGGUGAGUUGUGCCGUUCACAGCAAGAUAGUCAGGAAUUGCUCUCGUGAAGCAAGGAAGGACAGAACACCGCCACCUUGAUUUAGACCUGCGGGUGUUGCCCCACGAUCUCCACCAAAGCCCAUGUAA